ACGUUGUCGAAGACAAGACCGUCUCCGAUUCCCGAAAAGAUGCAAUUAGUUUUGUAUCAGUGCGCGUCACUCUCCGCCUACCAGAUUUCAUGGAUAUUUUAGGCUACUCGAUCGAUCUCCAAGUCUUGUAGCUUUCCAGUGUAAUAUUGAGGAACAAUUAUUGCGGUAUGGCGCUUGAUCUGGAUUCCUUGUCGGAGGCGACAUCAGGUGCGAUUGGAGCUCUGGUUAGCACCACCACAUUGUACCCUCUCGAUACCUGUAAGACUAAAUAUCAAGCUGAAGCUAGAGCUCACCAUCAACAAAGAUACAGGAACAUUUCUGAUGUUCUAUGGGAGGCAAUUUCUACCCGCCAGGUUCUUUCACUGUAUCAGGGCCUUGGGACGAAGAAUCUACAGUCUUUUAUUUCUCAAUUUGUUUAUUUCUAUGGAUACAGUCUCUUUAAGAGGCUAUAUAUGGAGAAAAGUGGAAACAAAACUAUUGGAACAAAAGCUAACUUAAUUAUUGGUGCCGCUGCUGGGGCCUGUACUGUCAUAGUAACACAGCCCCUGGAUACAGCAUCCUCAAAGAUGCAGACAAGUGAUUUUGGGAAAUCUAAAGGACUUUGGAGCUCUCUUUCUGAGGGUACUUGGAGUGAGGCAUUUGAUGGACUUAGCAUAUCUCUUCUUCUGACAUCAAACCCUGCUAUCCAGUACACAGUGUUUGAUCAGUUGAAACGUAGACUGUUGGAGAAGCGCCUUAGCGGGAAAUCAGGUGUGGACUCAUCUCCAGAAGCUCUUUCCGCGCUCUCUGCUUUCAUGUUGGGUGCAGUUUCAAAGUGUAUCGCCACCUGUUUGACUUAUCCAGCUAUCAGAUGCAAGGUCAUGCUUCAGGCUGCAGAAUCGGAUGAGAAUGGGACCAAUGUUGCCCAACAGAAGACGAAGAAGACUAUUCCAGGUGUACUCUAUGCCAUUUGGAAAAGAGAAGGCCUGUUGGGUUUCUUCAAAGGAUUACGGGCACAGAUCCUGAAGACUGUUCUGAGCUCUGCAUUGCUGUUGAUGAUAAAAGAAAAGGUUACAAAGACCACAUGGGUCCUAAUGCUUGCGCUAAGGAGGUAUCUGUUAGUCAGUCGUCCCAGUUUAAAGAGUGCUUGAUGACGAUGAGGAAUGAACGCAUGGAAGUUGGAACAGUUGUACAGAAAGUGGCUCGAUCUGAUUUGUUAUAGAUCUCAUGGAUGCAGUAAACAUCGAUGGACGAUCAAGGUCAGGCUCCUCGUCUUCAGUAGAAAACUUUAUUUGUUGCUAUGGUUUUUUUUUUUCCUUUCCGUCUUAUACAUUGUUAAUGUUCAAUAAUUAAGAAUUCAUUGUAGCUGGUUAGUCUGGUUUGAGAGAAAUAAUAAGAUCUUAAACUCUAAGGAAACUUCUGUUGAUUA